AUGAAGCUGAUGUCCCUGGUGCUGUUCCUCACCUUCACUCUGCUGGCUUUCAAUGCUGGCCACAUCCUACCAGGAGUAGCAGAGGGGGAAAGCAGGGAGCAGAAAGUGUGGGCCAGAGCGGGGAGUUCAGCCGUGCUGCCUUGCCACCUGAGCCCCAAAAAGACGUGGAAGCAGCUGCCUGACAAGACAUCUGUGCUGUGGAAGCGGCAUGGGGGAAGCGCCCGCCAGGAGCCACACGUGGUGCUGGAGGUGGGGUACUCGGGCCUUCGGAAGACGGCACUGCCCAUGAAGCCCCGGGUUUCAGUCCAGGAUUCCGCCUUACGCAAUGGCAAUUUCUCCCUGCGAAUCAACCCGGUCCGGAGCGAGGACGCCGGGCUGUAUGAGGCACAGGUGACACACAACACGGAGGUCAGGAGCUGCCAGGUGGAGCUGGGUGUAAUUACAGUAACCCUCAGUCCACCCAGCCCUGUGGUAGAAAAUGAACCACUCUUGUUGAGCUGCAACUCUAGCCACCGGGCCAACCUUGUGGAGACACGCUGGUUCCACAACGGGCGCCUGGUCCCCACCUCCGGGACCUUCUGCUCCUCGCAUGGGGCUCUCUCCAUCCUCCGGCCAGCCAUGAGUGAUGCGGGCUCCUGGCGCUGCCAGCUCAGAUACUCUGAUAACGAGAUCAUUUCUGCCACGUACAACCUGCGAAUUCUAGGUUUUGAUGGCCCGCCCAACCCUGUGGUCUAUGCUGCAGCUGGCUCUGCAGCUGAUCUGCCGUGUACCCUGAGCUACCUUCCCAGUGCCUUUGGGAUCAACCUGGUGACAGCCCACUGGAGCCGCCUUGCAGGAGGACUCUUGCAAGACUGGGGCAUCUCCCGGAAUUUGAGCAGCAGAAGCUUCCCGCUUCACCUCCCUGCGGUGGGGCUGGGUGAUGCAGGGCAGUACCACUGUGCUGUCUCUGUUGGCAGCAAGAAAAUCAGCAGGAACGUGACCUUGGCAGUGGUUACAGUUACUCCAAGCAUCCAAGGACCGGUUUCUGAGGGGUCUCGCUUGCUGCUCAUCUGCAGCCUCACACACCGCCGGGGACAUGAACAUUUCCAGUGGAAGCACCUCGACUCAGCCCCCACGAACAGCAAGCUGGCUGUGGCCACCUCCCGUAACCUGGAGGGCCACAGACCCCAGAUGGGCCCUACCUUGGAAAUACCCCAAGUGUCACAAAAGGAUACAGGCACGUGGGAAUGCAGUGUAUAUGGCCCAGAAGGCAAACUGGGAGCAGUGGAGUACGGGCUGCAGAUCACAGGUGCCCAGGUCUCCAGCCCUCCCACCAUCUUCAGUGGGCAGGUUACUUUUGGGCUCACACUCACCCUCUUCCUCCUGCUUACAGCCUGUGUUCUGGCUCUGGCCCUACAAAAAAGGGCACGGUCUCCUGCCUUCCCAGCGCUGGAAGGGAUGGUUGCAGUAACUGUGCCGAGGAAGAAGGAGAUGGAGGAAAACCAGAAAGAAAAGAUCCAGCAAACUGAGUGCUGA